AUGUUGGUGCAUUUGGAUCCAGAGUGGUUUAAUGGUGGUUUCUUUGGAUCUAGAGGAAAUAAUUAUGUUCGACCAGAUGUUAUGUUACCUCCAGAUACCCUAUCAAAAGCCAAGGGUCUGGAAAAAUAUAGGAUCCAAGAAGUUAUAAUAACUUCUUCUGAUUGUAACGGAAUGGUUUUCAUGGGUCCAAUUUUUUGGGGUAUGGCUUUUGUGCUAGAGCUUCUGAACCAGAUUGUUGCACAAGUGCUAGAUAUAAUUUCAAGACCAAUGUGGUUAGGCAUAUCCAUGGAAGUUGGUGGAUCAAAAGUCUCCUUUUCUCAUGCUUAUUUUCCCUAUGAGCAUCAGCUGUUGCAUUCUGUGAUAUAUUUGCAGAUAAAAUACACUGCAAGAUGGGUGAAGAUAACUUGGUGUUUAUUAAAGGUGCUGAAAUCAAUGAAGACUGGUAGCAAAGACAAAGGGAUUGUGAGAAAGGAAACAGAAGAAGCAUUGAAGCCUGUUGAUGAUAGGUAUAUGGACUGCAAGGAGUUUUGUGAAUUGAAGCAGCUUGCGUAA